AUGUCAACUAGAGAACAGGACGAUCAUGUGGAAAUCAAAGUAGAAGAAUUUGGAGAUCAAGAACAUAAAAGGCAAAAUUUUUCACAUGGACAUGAGAUUAAGUUAGUUUGUUCGCCUAAUCUCAAAUAUAUUGCAACAUUAAGUGAAAAGGAUGAAAGCAUUCUUAUAUGGCCAGUUUUAGACAAUAAACAAUAUUUAGAUGCAAAUAAAAGUUUCAAAAUUUCAGAACUUGAUACAAAUGAAGAUGGCGAAAGUGUUUUUAAAUUGGAAGAGUUGUCUGAUGAUGCAUUAAUAGUCUUAAUAAGUGAAACUUCUUGUAUCAUGUAUGAUACCAAUAGAGAGGAAUAUGUUGAGAUUCCACAUUUUAAUGAACAGGUGUUACAAACAUCUGAAAUAUAUGUUUCUUUUUUUAAAAAUGGUUAUUUUGCAUUCAUCUUUGAAUCCAAAUUAUAUUUAUAUUCUGUUAUAACUAAGGAUUCAAAAACAUGUUUGCAAUGUAAAAAUAUUUUUGGGUUCAAUAUCGAACUUAAUCAAUGUACCUUAUCUAGGGAUGGGAAAUUACUGAUUGGAAAUGGAUUUUUCAAAUCUCAAUGGGAUAUAAAUUCUGAAAAAUUCGAAAUACAAUAUCCCGAUGCAACUGAUUUAAUAUUUAAUAAAUAUGGAAAUUUACUAGCGGUAUGGCACAAUCGCGAUUUAACACUGAAAAUUUACUCAGCAAAAACUGGUAUUAAAAUCUUGUCACGUAAAAUAAAAAUGAAUUAUAAGAAUCAAGAUAAUGAAUAUUUUCAAAUUAAUUUUUUAAAUCUGAGUGAACGCUUAUUAAUCUCUCACUUUACGAAUUCAAAAAUGCAAAAUUAUCUAACUGAUCCAUAUUCGGAAAAUUCGGAAAAUUCGGAAGAGAACACAACUAUUGAAUUGGAAUUAUAUGAUGAACUUAAUUCGAAAUUUGUUGGAUUUGUUCCCAAAGGGAUAUUUGAAAACAAGAUCAUAGGAAUUGCCAAUCGUAAAGUUCUGAUAUAUGAUUUAUUUCAGGGACAUUUUCAAAAUUAUCUGCGAGAACAAACUGAAGAUAAGAGCAAUAUCCAUUUCCUCAGCAUUAUGAAAGAAAUAUUAGAAAAAAUAGAAGAGGCAGAAAGUGAUAUUAGUCAUACAUUUAAAGUUGAUACAGAACUGAAAGGUCAAAUAAAGGGUGAGCAUAUGAAUCUAGUUAAUUGGGAAUAUGAUGAAAAUUCAGAUGGAAAAAUGGAAUUAUCGGCAAAGAAAGGCAAUAUAAAUCUUGCUAAAUUAAAUGUGACGGAUAUAUUCGUUGAAAAAGAUUCACUUAACUCUUUGAAUAUUCUUGCAUUUAAAUUAUUGACUAAUGAUGAAUUAAUGAUAAUAACAAAGUGGUACCAUUUAUCGAUAAGAGAAUUUACAAUUAUUGUGGCUUUGGAUAAUGAUAAAAGUAUCCGGAUAAAAUAUUUUUUUGAUACAAAUUAUUUGAAAAAACUCUUGAAGGUGUAUAAAGAUCUUUUGGAGAAGCGUAAUAUGGAUAUUGAGAUGGAUAAAGAUCUCUUGAAGAUUUAUAAAGAUCUCUUGAAGGUGUAUAAAGAUCUCUUGGAGAAGUGUAAGAUGGAUAGCGAUAGUGAGAUGGAUAAAGAUCUCUUGAAGUGUAAAAUAGUAUCUGAAAAACUAUUUUCUGUAGAUUAUUUUAAAUUUAUUUUUAAAAAUUUUGGGUUUGGAUUUUUCGAUCAAGAUAAUACAUUGAGCAAACUAAUUGAAGAUCAUAUCAAUGAUACUUCAUUUUUUGCAUUAUAUGCUCAAAAUCUUUUAGAAGCAGCAAUUUCAGAGCGAAGAAUUGAUCUUGUUAAUCAAGUUUUUGAUAAAUGUAUGAAAUUAAUCAUAAAUGAUCCAGCUGAAAUUAAUGUUCUCAAAAUAAUCUCAUCCCUUUCAAUUAAACUUUAUGAGACUUAUCCUGACUAUUUUAAUAGAUUUAUAUCACAAACUUCCUUAUUAUUAAGCCCUAAUCAUAUUUUUCGUGAGCCUAUAGUUUAUACAUCUGAUCCUCAUCUUCACCCACAUACAGCAGAGCCUUAUAUGUUUAAACUUAAAAAAGAAUUAGUUGAUAAACAAUUCGAUGUACCCGCUAUUCAUUUUGUUGUACCGUUAUCAGGCUUUUCAUCAUAUGAUACAGAUUUUUCAUUUUGGAAUGAAAUAUUUGGAAGAACUAAAUCAAAUGGAUUUGUAGAAAUACAAACUCCUGAAUUAUAUUCUAGUUGGAGUGGCGAAGCUUUGCUUAAUUUUAAAUGGAAUACGUUUGGAAAAUAUUAUUAUUAUCUUGAUUGGGCCAUUUUUACACUUUUUCUUAUGACAUUCUCUUUUGCUGUUACGGAAAAUGGUUAUAUCUCAGAAAGUGUUCAAGAAAUUCUUUUGUGGACAUCAAUUAUUCUUGGAUUGUUUUUACUUAUGUAUAUUGAAUUGCGUCAGCUCAUAUUUAAUUGGAAGCGAUAUAUUUUUAAUUUAUGGAAUUGUUUUGAAAGUAAAAACAUGAGUUCAACUGAUGUUAAUACUGAUUUAUAUGCAAGUUUUGAUACUUCACUUUUGGCUGUUUUUUUAUUAAUGACUGGUGAUAAUAGUUCGCUUUCUACUUGGGAUUAUCAUACAAAUCGUGUACUAGUAUUAUUAAUGGUCACAUUUUCUUUUUUUACUGUUAUCUACUUGUUAAAUCUAUUUAUUGGACUAUUAAGCAAUGCUAUUGAAGAGUAUAAUAAUAGGGCUGAAUAUCUAAUACAAAAGGCUGAGAUAGUAGCAGUAAUUGAAUUAUUUUGGCUUUUUCCAAAACAACGAAGGUGGCAACAUUGGUUUCCAGAAUAUGUCUGUUAUACAGCAUAUAGAGAUAAAGUUCAUAAAAAAAUUAUAGAAGUUAAUAAUGAUGAGGAUUUAACAGAAGAUCAAAAGCCAGUUAUUAGUAACGAACUUUUAAAAUUGGCUGGAAUUAAUAUAAAAUCUGAAGAAUCUAAACAAGAAGAAGCAAAUUUAAAAUUAGAUAAUAAUAUUAUUAAAAAGCUUUUAGAGCUAGUUAAUGAAGAUAAAGAAACUGAAUAA